UUGUCUAAACUUGCGGAGACAUUUUCAUGUUUUUCGGUUAGAUGAUACGCUUUUUUGAAUGAAAUCGAUACGAGCAAGUGUAUUUUCUGUAAAAAAAAAAACGGAGCUUAAUAAAAUUUUGAACACAAUAUCUACGCGCCCAUUAACAUUUCAAUUUGCCGCCCGUUCUUUCCCGCCCCUACAAAACUCUCAACAUCUGUGUACUUAUGUUCUGUGCAUGCAUUUUCACAAUCACCCAUUUAUACUCUCACAAUCUUGAGCUUUCUUUCUGUAAUUCGAUGAUGUCCAGUGACAAACCCCGAUCUCCUGUGGAAGAUCAGGUGAAGAAGAUCAAGUGGAAGUCAUUAAAAAGGCUGAUGAAAACUAAAAUGUCGAAACAGAAUGAUUUUAAGAUGUCGAAGAUAGCAGCAAGCUCAGCGGUAAAGAGGCCUACUAGGAAGAGAAAGACAAUGGAGUGUCACUUGCCUACUGCUUUCAGAGUUUCUCGUAACCCCUUUUCGGAAGCUGAAGAGAAAGGUAACAGUGGAGUUCCGAUGAAGUGGAAGUCAUUAAAAAUGUUAAUGAAGAAUGGGAAAAAAAUAAUGAAGUGGAGUAAAACAAGUGAUUUACAUGGUAAAAAGAGAAUUCGAAACUCAAAACAGAGUCAUUUGAGAAUAUUGAAGAAAGCAAGAAGCUCAGCAGAAUCUCCUGUUACUUCCAUGAAGAGGUCUACUAGGAAGAGAAAGACAAUAGAGCGUUACUCAUCGCUGUGGGCUUCAGCUUCCCGUGCUGCUAGUAAGCCAUUUCCAUGUGAAAAGGGGAAUGGCACUCGGCUAAAGGACAUACCAAAUGUGGCUUAUAAGUUGGCCCAGAGCAAAUAUGACGAUAACUUGCAGACACUUCACACCAUUCUUUUUGGGAGAAGAACAAAGGUGCAUGCUUCAAAGAACAUCGGUUUAUUUUCUGGAUUUGUGUGGGGUGAAAAUGAGGAAAAACAUAGGUCAAAAGUUGAGGAGCGGAUUGAUAAAUGUGUCAAGAACAAGUUGCUUGAAUUGUGUGAUAUCCUCGACAUACCAAUUAGUAACAAAUCCAGCACCAGGAAGGCAUACAUUUCAGCCAAGAUAUUGUACUUUCUAGAGUUUCCUCGUGCUAGAACUGAAUCAUCAAUUGCUGAUAAAACAGUGAAGCAAAAGAUAUCUGAGGGAGAGCAAAGGAAAUCUUCAGAAUGCAGAUAUUACAUCGAGGAUGAAGAAAAUGAGUCAGAUGACCGAAUGUCUGAUGAAAGCGACCCUGAUGCCUGGUAUAAUUAUAAGUAUGGACGCCAUGAAGACGUCGAGGUUGAUGAUGAUUUAUGGGACACUGAUCCUGAUACUGCUUGGCACCUGUACAAGUAUGGACGCCGGGUUUUUAGUACUCCAUGGUAAUAGGAACUGGAGAUGUAUUAAGCUUCUCUUUCGGGUCCACUAAUCCGGAGAACUGCUAGCAUAUUCGUUCCAACCGAUUUUAUUAAGUUAUCUCUGCAGAACCCUGGAUAUUAUGUACAUUAUGACUGGGGGAUUUUGUAAACAAGUGAAAGGGUGUUGAAUGUUUGGUGCAGUGUUACAGAAAUCGGAAAUCGGACCUAAUCGGUUAAGUUACCGAUUCAGGAAUUAAUCGGAAAUCGAGGAUUAAUCGGAAGGAUUAAUCGGUGUGAAAA